CGUUAACCGACUGGUCGCGUACCCGUGCUCGGUGGUUGGCUGCUGCAACACCGAUAAGCUUGACUGAGUCAGAGCUGGGAAGGUCAGCUGAGAGGACAGGAACAGGACAGAAGCAGAAGGGAUGUCGAAACAGAAGGAGGCCGUGGAGCGUGCCAGGAAGGCCUUUCGUACGGGCCGCACCAAACCCCUCGAGUACCGCAUCAUCCAGCUGAAGAACCUCCAGCGCCUUUUUGUGGAGAGACACAAGGAAAUCGCAGAUGCUCUCAAGAAGGACCUCCACAAGAGUGAGUUCGGCAUCCCGCUGUAUGAGACACUGGGUCUAGAAGGAGAGAUCAGCAUGGCUAUAAGCAAGCUGACUGAAUGGGCGGCUCCACGGCCGGUGGCUAAAAACCUACUGACCAUUUCAGAUGAGGUGUACAUUCAGCCCGAGCCCCUGGGAGUGGUGCUCAUUAUUGGGGCCUGGAACUACCCCUGGACCAUCACCAUCCAACCACUGAUCGGAGCCAUCGCCGCAGGUAAUGCCGUUGUUAUUAAGCCGUCAGAAAUCUGUGCUCACACUUCCAAAGUGAUGGGGGAUCUUCUGCCAUUGUACCUGGACAAGGAGAUGUUCCCAGUAGUUACUGGUGGAGUCGCAGAGACUCAGGAGCUGCUGAAGCAGAGAUUUGAUCACAUCUUCUACACCGGUAACUCCCUGGUUGGGAAAGUGAUCAUGGAGGCAGCCGCUAAACACCUAACUCCUGUUACUCUGGAGCUGGGAGGAAAGAGCCCCUGCUACAUCGAUAAGAAGUGCGAUCUUAGCGUCACCUGCCGCCGUAUUGCUUGGGGAAAGUACACAAAUUGUGGCCAAACAUGCAUCGCACCAGAUUACAUCCUCUGUGACCCGAGCAUCCAGGACAGAGUAAUAGAAGAGAUCAAGAAGAACGUGAAGGAAUUCUACACAGAAGAUCCCAAAACCUGCCCUGACUAUGGACGCAUCAUCAACCAGCGCCAUUUCAAGAGAGUGAUGGCGUUGAUGGAGGACAGCACGGUGGCGAUGGGAGGAGAAAAUGACGAGUCUGAGUGCUACAUUGCUCCAACAGUCUUAAGAGAUGUCAAGCCUGAAGCAAAGGUCAUGCAGGAAGAGAUCUUUGGACCCCUUCUGCCUAUCCUGAGUGUUGGAAGUGUGGAUGAGGCCAUCGACUUUAUCAACCAGAAAGAGAAACCUCUGGCUCUCUACAUCUUCAGCUCAGACAACAAGCUCAUCAAACGUAUGAUCUCAGAGACUUCCAGUGGAGGUGUUUUGGCCAAUGAUUGCUUGGUCCAAUUCUCAGUCAGCUCCCUGCCUUUUGGUGGUGUUGGUAACAGCGGGAUGGGCUGCUACCACGGCAAGUUUACCUUCGACCAGCUGAGUCACCUGCGAGCCUGCCUCAUCAAACAGCUGAGGAUGGAAGGAAUGAACAGCGUGCGCUACCCACCACACACAGCGAAGAAACUGGACUGGGCUCGCUUCUUCAUCCUCAGACAGAUGAAGAUGGGCAAGCUGGUUCGCGUGGCUCUCACCGCACUGCUGUUUGUCGCCGCUGCCGUCAUGGUUCAGAGAUUCCUCACUGACUGAAAGAGUAACACUAAUGCAGAGAAUUUAUCUCCAUUUUUGAGGAAAUCAACCAAUCAGGAUCGUCAAUUAUCCCCAGUUGGUCCACUUCCCUGCCUUAAUCUGAACAGCCUUGAAAGUACAGUAGUUGUUUUUAAAUAAUUUCUUUUAACAGUGCUGCAUCUAAUGAAGAAUCCAAAUUCAGUGCAUGCUGAUUAAUAAUGAUUUCUGAAUGUGACGUGAAUAUUAACAGCACAUUAAUCUGUUAUUAACUUGCUUAUUAUACCGAGUUUCCCUGACUGACGUGUCGCCUUCGGGACGAUUUUAAUGAAGGAAAAUGAAUCAUUUCACGGUUAUUAUGUAGCAUUAUAAGUGUGAUAACACUAUAUUUGAAGGGCUUUUUAACAUUCAUAAGCAUUGCAUUGCAUCUUUGUUUUUACAUGAAAAAAACAUCUCAUCUCAUUAUCUGUAGCUGCUUUAUCCUGUUCUACAGGGUCGCAGGCAAGCUGGAGCCUAUCCCAGCUGACUACGGGCGAAAGGCGGGGUACACCCUGGACAAGUCGCCAGGUCAUCACAGGGCUGACACAUAGACACAGAACCAUUCACACUCACAUUCACACCUACGGUCAAUUUAGAGUCACCAGUUAACCUAACCUGCAUGUCUUUGGACUGUGGGGGAAACCGGAGCACCCGGAGGAAACCCACGCGGACACGGGGAGAACAUGCAAACUCCGCACAGAAAGGCCCUCGCCGGCCCCGGGGCUUGAACCCGGACCUUCUUGCUGUGAGACGACAGCGUUAACCACUACACCACCGUGCCGCCCUGAAAAAAAAAAACAUCUGUAAAUUAUUGUUCGACUGCUUGAAAUUGAUACUUCUUUUCCCUUAUCUUGUCCGUGAUUAGUUUCUUUUUGCCAGCACACUCAGGACACUUUGAUAAAGUUAUAGAACGUAUACAUAGUGCUUGAUAUCAACAAGACAACCGCAAAUUGAUUACCACUUCAGUCUGCAUUUGAGCUUUGUAAAUAUGUGAAGUUGUACUGAAAUGCUGAUUUAUAAUCGUUUUGAAUGCAGCUGUAUACAAUUACACUUACAGAAUAUAAUAUCCAAAAGAUCCGAUGACAAGUGGACGCUUCAGAGAAGAUUUUAUAGCAGACAUCUUAAUUCUUCAUGCAUGUGCAUUUAGUAAAGACAGCGUCAUAAUUUCCAAGGUCAGAGAGGUGUUUCGUGGAGAGAUCGUGAGUUCAAAUCCCGAUGAUGCUACGGCUUUUUGAUUUUUCAUAUCUCACUGUUCUGUCUAUGUGCAUGUAUUCAGAAGAGGGCAGACAGCUACCUGGUUGGUAACUGUUCUGAUAGUGAAGUGAUGGCUGGUGGGUGGGACUUCGCAGUUGAUCAAAAUGCAAAAAGAGGGAAAAUUCUCAAACGUUCUCCAACAUUUGCAUAACAGUAAGUGAUGGUUCAUGGAAAGCCUGACAUAAUUAUCAAGUACUGUAAUAUUUUAUAAAAUAUUGAUGCAUUGCUUCUGAAUGUGUAAUUAAGGCCCAGGUUAUUAUUAUUAUUAUUAUUAUUAUUAUUAUUAUUAUUAUUAUUAGAUGUUACAGGUCAAAAAAUUUCAACCUACACUGCAAAAAAUGAUAUCU